GCCGUGGCACAUCAACUGGGCUCCUUUUCUGUCGCGUGAAAAACGGAGCAAUACAAGCGAGAAAGAGAGCGUAUAGUAGUAUAAGCAGCUACACAGCCAGAGCCAGCAGAACUAAAUUUUUUUUUACCCAGUCAAAUCGAGAGAGUCUCUGCGCUGUGAUGACACUUCUCUAGCCUUCGUCGUUGCCUUAAAUCGAUUUGGGCAAAUUUAUUCGGAAGAGAGACCGUGAAUAAAAAUCGUCGAUUUUUAAAAAAACAAAUAUGUCUUCACCCUCGUCGUACGUCAAAGAUGAGCAAGGUACUUUCAUACCAGCCAGUCAACGGCCUGAUGGAACUUGGAGAAAGCCUAGGCGAGUAAAAGAUGGAUACGUACCACAAGAAGAGGUACCCUUGUAUGAAAGUAAAGGAAAACAAUUUACAAAAAAUAAAGCAACAUAUCCAGUUGGAAUGUCUGCUGAAUACGUAGCUCAGCAUAAAGCCAAAAGAGAGGCAGAAAUAUCUAAAACAAAUCCAAUUCCUGGUUUAGUUAUUACACCUGAAGUAAAAAAAAAGAAAAAGAAGAAGAAGAACAAGGGAGUAACUGAAGUCACAGAAGAUUUUGUAGAAAUAUCAAUAACUGCUCAACCUCUUGUAGCUAGAGUUCAAGAAAAAAAGGUUGACGAAAAAACUAAAACAAAAGUUGAUGAAAAAACUAAACCAAAAGUUGAAGAAAAAACUAAACCAAAAGUUGACGAAAAAACUAAAACAAAGGUUGAAGUACCUAAAACACCAGUUCCUGAACAAACUGAAGAUAAAGCCACCGCUGUUGAUCCUGUAAAGAGACUGAAAAAUUUGAGAAAAAAGAUAAGAGAAAUUGAGUCAUUAGCAAAGAAAAUCAAAAAUGGAGAAAUCAAGAAUCCCGAUAAGGAAAUGCUUGAUAAAGUAUCGCGGAAGUCAGAAAUCCAAAAAGAAAUAAAAAAACUGGAAGCAAGUCAAAAAUUGUAAUGCUUCAUACUGAAGUUUACUUUUAGAGUUGAAUUUUAAAUCGUUUCUUGAGAUUUCACUUAAUGAACUUGGUUGAAGUUCAAAUUGUGCUAUAAAUAGAGAUUAACUGUUAAAUGUGUGAAUUUGAUGUAUAUUGCUUUUCAGUAAUAAGUAUGCAUAAUACAAUAUACUUGACAAUUUAAAAAAAAUUAAAGUUUGUUCAUUUAUUUAUCAAACAAUAUGACUGAUCUAAAAGAAUGAACCCAUUGCCUAAACGGCUAGUACCUAUCAAAAUUUAUAUCA